UUUGUGAGCACUCCCUGGCUGACUGUGGGCACAGCAGGGACAGGGAUAAGGACAGUGGCACAGCAGUCAGGGCUGGGUGAGCAGCACCUCACCUGGACCAGCUCCAGCUCCCAGAGGCUGUCCCGGCCCCUCUCCCCAGGAGCUAUGGGGAAUAACCUGAGUGUGCCAGAGGAAGCUGAGGAUGACAACACCUGCACAGUGAAGAGUUACCAGCCUCUCUCCGAGUCUCCUGACGGUGUCACCAAUGGAUCUGUGGUGUUUGUUCAGAGCCCUCCCCCGGCAGUGAAUGGUGAAGCGGAUGCCAGGGCGCCUGCAGGCCGGGAUAACGUUCCCGUUCCUUCGGCGGAGCCGGGCCCCGGUGCCCGGGCGGGCGGGCAGAGCGGCGGGAGCGCUGCCAGGAGGGCCCUGCCAGCUGCCAGGCCCCGCUCCCUGCUGGCCUUCCCCUGGGCUGUGCCAGCGCGUUCCGAGGAGCCGGCAGCGGCUGCAGCCCCCGGAGAGGCCACCCUUGGUGCCACCGGGCUGAACAAAGGCCCGAGUGAGGGCACGGAGGGGCCCGGGGCAGCUGUGCCACACGAGGACAGCCAUAAAAACCCCGGCCAGGCCCCGCCGCAGGACGCGGAGCUCACGGGAACACCUGAGGGACACGAUGUGGCCGCCCCAAAGGGCAGACAAGUGACGCUCCUGGACAGGAUCUUCAGGCUGGAGAAGGGCACGGGAAGGACGCGAGGGGACCCUGAGGAGGGAAGGAAGGGGCUGGACGUUCCCAACGGGAGCAUCGCGGCCGGCGCGCCCCACGGGGAACCGCUGCGCCAGGAGAUAGAUGAGUGCAGCCAAGAGGAGCCUGGGCAGGACUCUGCAGGUGAACAGGGCCCGGCUGCUGCAGCACCUGGGAGGGCACAGGCACAGCAGGACAGUCCCCAGGCAGCUGCAGGACAGGGCUCAGUCAUGAGCUUCCUCAAAACACUGGUCUCCCCAAGCAAAGCUGAAGCCAAAAGUGAUUCUGAAGACAAGGGCUCCAAGGCGGAGAAGGGCCCUGGGGGACAGCCUGGCCCGAAGGCAGGAGCAGAAUCCCCCUCCAAAGGAGCCAAGAAAAAGAAGGCAGAGAGCCCCAGGCUGGGCCACAGCACCUUUAGCAAACUCUUUAGGCACAAGGUUGGUAUGGAGCUCCAGGAGCAGCAGAACCCUGAGCAGUCACAGCUGGCACAGAGAGAGGAGUUCUUUGCCAACAUCUGGCCAGAUGUGCAGAGCUCUGGAGGUCCCUGGGGGAGCAUUUCUGGAACCAUCCUGAGCUGCACCUUCCUCUCCUUGGGCCCUCUAUUCCUGAGUAUGGUUUUUCUGAACUCCUCGGAAGAAGCAGAGGCCGUGAGCAAUGAGAAGGCAGAGGUGGCUCUGGAGGCCGUGGCUCCCGACAGGGACGAGAGCAAGAGCACGGAAAGCGCCGAGGUGAAACCACGAGGGGCCGAGAGCAAAACGCCCAAGGCAAACCUGAGGAAGUUCUUUAAGCUGUCAGUCAGGGGUGAUGGAGGGAGCCCCCGCUCAGAAGGAGAGGGUCCCAGCCCCAGACACCACACUUUAAACGCCACGGAGAAGCCUCUUGCCCCAUCUGAGAGCGACCCUGGGGGCCCAAGGAGCAAAGAGGGCUCCAAAGACAAGAAGUCCACGGUGGAGCUGGGCAAGCAGAAGGGCAGGGAGCAGCCAGAGCCCCGGGAGCAGCCAGCAGCUGACCCUGACUCCAUCCACAACGGCGGGGACGCCAAGGAGCCCUCCUACAAGAAGACAGAGAAGAGGCAGUCCCUGGGAGGGUUUUUUAAAGGCCUUGGCUCCAAAAGGAUGUCGGAUGCAGAAGUGCAGACAGAUCCCGUGUCCAUCCUCCCUGCUGGGAAAUCCAAGUAGUGCCAGCUGCUGGAGGGAGGCUCAGCAGCUCUCUGGGAGCUCCAGAAAUGACUCCUUCCUGGCAGCAGAAAUGACUCCUUUUCCUUCCCACGGCUGUCACAAACACCUGAGGCUGAAGCAAACACAGGGUACCUCUGCAGGAUUUGUCAUUUUUCAGGUUGUCAUUGCAGGGUUUGUCAUUCUGGAGGUUGUCUUUGCAGGGUUUGUCAUUUUACAGGGUUUGUCAUUUUGGAGGUUGUCAUUGCAGGAUUUGUCAUUUUGGAGGUUGUUUUUGCAGGGUUUGUCAUUUUGGAGGUUGUUUUUGCCGGGUUUGUCAUUUUGGAGGUUGUCUUUGCAGGGUUUGUUCCUCACCUGUAGAAAGCAGCUCUGAGAUCCCAUGAGAUGUGUUGAAGGUAAGGUGCUGUGGGUGGUUUGAAGUGUGCAGAGGGUGAGUCAGGUCCGAGGCUGGCAGAGAAUUCAAUAAAUGGCAGGAAAAGCACGCAGGUGACAGAGGAGGGCAGCGAGGCACGGGCAGAGAAUCCUCUGCUUCAGAGAGCUUGAAAGCAGCCAGGAAAACACAAAUCCCCUGGAGAAAUGUUCUGCUGCAGGGUAACAACAGCCGAGUCACUUCUGGUGGGGUUUCGACAGAGCUGGAAUGAGAGCUGAGCCCUUCAGCCCGGCAGACCCGUGGUGACCGAGUCCUGCUUCCUGAUGGUUAUUAAUGUAAAUUAAAACGCUAAAAUGCAAAGCUUGCCGUGAUUGGGGCAGAUCCUCUCUCGGCCGGGCGGGUGGGAUAACAAAUUAAAAUCUAUUUAAAGUUCUAAUAGGACACAAGAGGGCAGCCACGUCCCCUAACGCCGGGCUGUGCCUGCCAGCCCGGAAUUAAUGUUCCUUAGAUCAUAGGAAACUUAGUUGUUCACCCUGAUGUUUGUUUAUAUCCAUACUUGUAAUUAAUCCUAAUAAAAAACCAAAAUCAAAGCUGCCCAGGCAGCUCUCUGCUUCACAAGACCCCUGUAAUAACUGUAGUUAAUAAAUUUUACAGAAAAUUAAGAUUUCUGUUCGUUCAAUCCUAGCCUGUACAGGGAACCAGGGGCCUGACGCUGUAAUCCACACUGAUCUAAAUGAUGCAAUACUGUAUAUUUUGACAUCCUUAUCUUUAAAUAAACUAAUACUUAUCCUUUGAAACAAAAAA